AUGGUCAGCUCCGGUUGUGGCUCUGUCUGCUCUGAGGAGGGCUGUGGCCAAGGCUGCUGCCAGCCCAGCUGCUGCCCAACCACCUGCUGUAGGCCCACCUGCUGUGUGUCCAGCUGCUGCAGACCCAGCUGCUGUCAGUCUGUGUGCUGCCAGCCUACCUGUUGCCGCCCCAGCUGCUGCAUUUCUAGCUGCUGCAGGCCUUCCUCCUGCUGCCGCCCCAGCUGCUGUGUGUCCAGCUGCUGCAGACCCUCUUGCUGCACCUCCAGCUGCUGCUGCCCAUGCUGUAGCAGUUCCAGCUGUUGUGGAUCCAGCUGUUGCCGUCCCAGCUGCUGCAUUUCCAGCUGCUGCAGGCCUUCCUGCUGCCGCCCUAGCUGCUGUGUGUCCAGCUGCUGCAGACCUCAGUGCUGCAUUUCCAGUUGCUGUCGCCCCACCUGCUGCCAGACCACCUGCUGCCGCCCCGCCUGUUCUAGUGGUUCUUGCUGCUGGGUUCUCUCCCCCAUGGUCUCCUGUUCUUCACCACACAGGAUUCCUGAUGUAGACCUUCUGUAUGCUGAGUCCUGA